CUACGCCUUCGUCGGUAAAUGCGAAGACGCCGCCUUCGAAUCGGACGAGAUCCCCCUCGGUAGGAGGGCUGUCUCGCGCUACCACGUUCUCCAUCUCUGCCCGAUCUGCGACUAGAACCUCCACGACUCGAUCUAUUACUCCAACCACCACCCGGUCUGCAAAUUCAGCUGCUAGUAGCCGGGCUGCGACUCCGACGGGACAACCAAAGCUAGAACGCCGAGCUCCCUCUACUGAAAAGAUGUCGACGUUUCGUAAGCCGUCGCUGGCGACUCUCAGUAGAGUGGUGUCUAGACUUUCCAAGCCAUCCUCUGCUGGUACGUUGCUGUCAUCAGACCAAGCGUCCCAAUUGAAACGACCUUCAAAUCCUUCCCUACAGCGACCCAGCUCGCCGGGGAAGUCUCUGUCUGCUAAACCUUCUGCGUCACAUCUAGCCCCCCCUUCGCCCUCCAAGUUGCCAGCUAAUAUUGCUGCGUCUGCCGAGGUUAGCAAGCUUCAGGCAGAACUUCUACAGCUGUAUCUGCUGCAUCAGGAGGCUCCAACUGUAGAUGCCGAAUGGCGAGCGAGUGCCAAACAGAAAUUGGGAAGCCGGUUCCAAAAGCUAAGUGAAGAGAGCAGGGAGGUUGCUGAGCAGGAGAGUGCUGCGCUGGAGAAGCGGAAUGUGCUCGCGCUCAGAAGAUGGGGCAGUGGAGGUAGACUGGACGAGAAGAUUCAGUCUUUGGAAUCCAUCAUCACGAACGUAUGGUCACUGAGCGACCCGGGUGGCCGAUAUGCUCGUGUGGUACGACAUUUCGAGAAUUGGAUUGAUGGGGUGAGCGAGAUGGAGGAUGCGAGAAGGAGAGGGGUCGUGCAAGUCCAAGGGGAUGACAGAGUUUUCAUCGAAGACUUGGAUGCCAGGUGGAAAGAAGAGCGUGAAGAUCUCAUUAAACAUCUAGACGAAUGGAGGCAGCAGCUCAGCGAUAUCGACGACUUGUGUCGGGAUGAGUUUUACACCGAGCCGCCGGAAGAGGACGAAAAGUCGAGCUUGGAGAAGAUGCUAGACGGAUCGCGCUCGCUGAUUGACGACAUGCUGGCGGAGCUGAGAAUCAUGGAGGAGGUUGAGCACGAGGCGCUUGUGAGGGAGGAUCAGUGGAUUGAGAGGAUGAAUCGGAGCGACGACGACGACCUCCGGGUUUCGCGGGUGGGAGGUGCCUGGAACGAAAUGUGAAAAGUGCCAUUGAAUGGUUAAGGGGUAUUGAUAUUUUGCUUAUUUCCUUUCUCUUCUUUUUUAUUUUUAUUUCUUUCUCUGG